ACAGAGGCUGUCGCCGCAGCUGUAGCGCAUAUCUACUACUUGACGAUUCGAAGCAGCUCAUGAAUCCGACUAGCUUAACAACGAUUAUUACGGCUAGAAAGGAUGUUCCAGUAGUGAACAUCACGAGCCAGAAGAGGUGCUUUACAGACCUCGUCCGUCUGAUUAUAAGGGGAUAAUGGCCGAGCAUAAUGGAGAUUAGCUGACUGCGACAUCACUACUUCGUCCCGUCUGCAUCGAACAUCCCUGGGACCAUAAUGAGUUUUCACAUCUGUUCAGCAGAAUCCGCUAACUAUUGACACAAGAUGUAUGUAGAGGGCCCGUAGGCGCUUGGGAACCUUCUCGCAAGAAUUCUUGUCAGUAAACCGGGCGGCUUCCGGCUUUGAGGUCAGUCAUGCGGGUAUGAAGUGCACAGCUCCCUCCACCAUGUCGUCGGAAAAGCUAUCAGUCAGCAUACUCAUCAAGCAUUGCUGCACCCUUCGAACGGGAGAAUAUCUUGUCCGUCAGAUGAACAAGGGUCUCCUGGGUUUCUCCAGAUCACCUUGGAUGGAUAAGAUUGCUGCCAAAUUGUUGAUAUCAGACGCCUGAACGCCACUCAUGGUUCUGCUAUCGUCGAACAUAUCUGCUUCUCGACAGAAUCUGGUACGACUUGUCAGCUGCCAAUCAAACCAAAGCGCUAACGGUCACAGCAAAACGCAAAACAUGCAGCAGCGGGUAUUCCCACGUCGUCACCGACCGCAGUACUAAUCCACCGGUUCGCAGCUUAAGUACAGGAGAGCGG